CUCCAACCUGCCACCUUCAAUCUCACAACCGACUCUGAUUCCAACUAUACCCAGCUGGCAAAACCCCUUCUCAAAUGUAAUUGUAACCAACCCUCCCAUAAAGCAUGUCUCCCCGAGCACCCGCACACCUCCGCACCCUCCUGCGCACAUCCACCCUCCUCCAACCCGCCGCCAGCCAACUCACGCGCAACAUCCCACACUCGCAAGUCCAGGUUCAGCGGCGCUCACCUUCGCCAUCGUCGCAGUCCCAGACACCCUUCCAAAGGCAAACAAGACAAGUCUCAAUUACUACAACACCGCGCGGUGCGCAAUGGACGCGCUUCACAACACCGUACUCCUUAUCUUCUAUUCGAACAUUUUCAGCUUCGCGGGUACAAUGGAGACCGAGUGAGGAAGUGGGCGGUGCGGCGAGUGAUCCUCAAGCUGCAAAGAGGAUUGAGGAGCUGAUUGAGGAGAUUAGGGAACUCUACGGUACAGCACGAGACGAAUUCGAAAUUGCCGCCGAAGAAACCGAAAAAAACACCACCUACGCACCCGAUGACAGAGAAGCUGCGCGCGAGGAACUGGAUAAACUGCUUGGAUUCUACAACGAAAUUAUCGAGGGCGAGGAUAAAGCUAUUGCGGAGGAAGUCAAGAGGAGAGUGGGGCAGCGGAUACGGGAACUGGAGAACGCAGUAUUAGCAAUGGAGGAGGCUGCAAAGGCUGGAGAUUAGAUAUCGGGGUGGUAAGUGAAUGGAAGGUUGGAUACAGAGUCUGGGGCUGAAAGGGAUUGGCGUCAUUUUGGGGAAGAAAAGAUGCACGUUUCAUUUAGAAUCAAUCCACGUGGAAAGACGUGGGUAUCCGCGGGAGCAGGGGGUGCUCUAGAUUUUAGCUUAGUAAGGAGGUACGUGUACGAAUAACAAUAUCUGUAAGAUAUUAGAGUUAGGGUAAAGAUCA